AUGCUUUUGUAUGCUCCCCAUGCCGUUGCGCAUGAACAUCGUCUUUUGCAAAUUCAGCUGAAGACCGAUACACCACAUGUUUCAUCGAAUUCGCUGCCGACCAUCAAACUUCACUCCCAUGUCGCUCCACUCCAACUUUCACAUUGCGUUCGCGAUGGUGGCUGUGAAUAUUUUGGCAUCCCACACAUUAGGAUCUGCUCGACUGCUUCCUCAUCUGUAAUGAAUGAUCAAGGCGGAGUCAGACGUAGUCAGCAGAAGAAGUUCAAACCAGUGGAACAAUUUUUCGAAAAACCAAAGAAAAGCAAAUAG